AAUAAAUUUAUAUUCACAGACAAGAAUGAAUCUUGUUAAUAAAUUUUGUUUUGAAAGGAACAUCCUAAAGAAUCAGAUGUGCCAUUUAAUUGACAAACUGGCGUUUUUCUCCUCUAUUCGUUGUGAAAGAAUUUUGCAUGGAGCUUCUUAUAAUAGAACCGCAGACAUUGGAACGGCCAUGAACCUGUUUAAUUAUCAUAGACUUUUCAACUUAAAUAAAAUACCUAAUAACAGAUGUCUGAGAACUCAAUUGACCUUUUCCAUACAAUUAAGGAACUAUUCAAUUCGGAGAAAAGAUUUUACGUUUCCUGAGCUUAAGGAAGAAGAUUUGGAAGAAACGUUUGUUCGAGGAUCUGGCCCUGGUGGUCAGGCUGUCAACCAAACAGCAAAUUGUGUUGUUUUAAAACAUAAACCAACUGGAAUUGUAAUUAAGUGUCACGAGUCUCGAUCGCUUGAAGAAAACAGAAAGAUAGCUAAGCUCAGACUUGAGGAUAAACUAGAUCUUCAUCUCCAUGGGGAAGAAAGCUACCUUGGGCAGAUAGAAAAAGAAGAAAGAAUUAGUAGAAAAGAGAAAAAAAAUAGGGCCCAGAAAAAACUUGCAUUAAAAAAAGCUUUUAAAGAAAGAGAAAACUUGGAUUAGAUUUUUAAAAAUAUUUUGUUUUUAUAUUAAUUAGCCCUCAGGAACGCUGAUCAUCAACGUUUAUAUGGAAAUUAAAUUUGAAUUUUAAAAAUUUGCAA